AACGAGGAGGGACAUAGAUGAAUGAUAAAAGUUGAAACCGUGCUCCGCUUCUAGUUACUAACACAGACAUACGAUGAACACGAUGCAUGUGAACGUAGUGACGCUGACUGCCGUUGUUCUUUUCUUCCCUUUGCUCACAUUAUGUGACCCACUGUAUGUCUUGUCAGCUCCUAAUUUACUGAGGGUGGGUUCCUUCGAGAACGUGUUUGUGGAGGCUCAGGAUUACACUGGAGGAAACCUGAAUGCGAGGAUCAUAGUAAAGAACCACCCGAAGAAGAACCUGGAGAUACUGUCUAAAUCAGUGGCACUGACUGCAGACAACAAUUUCCAGAUACUUACAGAUAUAAAAAUUCCUGAUGAUCAGAACUUCUUCUCCAAUGAUCCUCUGGAGAAGCAGUAUGUGUAUCUACAAGCUCAAUUCCCAACCGUCACUCUGGAGAAAGUGGUCAUGGUCUCAUUCCAGUCUGGAUAUAUAUUUGUACAAACAGACAAGCCCAUCUACACACCAGCUAGCACAGUUAAUUACAGGAUUUUCUCCCUAACUCCUGAUCAACAUCCAUUCGAUGGAUCUUCCGUCACCGUCGAUAUCAUGAAUCCUCAAGGUAUCACAUUGGACCGAGAUCAAUUUCAACCAAAGCAAGGCAUCAGGACCGAAACCUUUGCUUUACCUGAACUUGCCAGCUCUGGGAUUUGGAAGCUGAUCGCAAAGUACUCAAACACACCGCAAAAGAACUUCACUACUGAAUUUGAAGUUAUGGAAUAUGUGCUGCCAAGCUUUGAAGUGACCAUAAAUCCACGCAAAUCAUUCUUCUAUGUGAAUGAGAACUCUCUGACAGUAGACUUAUCAGCUAAGUACCUGUUUGGCAAUAAAGUCAAAGGAACUGCAUUUGUGGUGUUUGGUGUGAUGGACAAUGAGAAGAAGAUCAGCAUUGCUGCCUCACUGCAAAGGGUUAAGAUAUCUGAUGGAGAAGGAGAGGCAGAGCUGAAAAGACAAAUGAUCAAGGAGAACUUCCCAGACAUCCAGCAGCUAGUUGGGAAAUCCCUCUACAUUUCAGCCACUGUUUUAACAGAAAGUGGCAGUGAAAUGGUGGAGGCACACAAGAAAGGCAUUCAGAUUGUGACGUCACCAUACACCAUCCACUUCAAAAAAACACCACAUUACUUCAAACCUGGGAUGCCUUUUGAUGUCUCGGUCUACGUAACAAAUCCUGACCAAACACCUGCUAAAAAUGUGGAAGUGGAGGUCAAUCCUGGAGGGGUCAAAGGUCGAACGAAAGCCAAUGGUAUUGCGAAAGUUACUGUCAACACUCCAGCAAAAACUUCCACCCUGGAGAUCACUGCAAAGACCAAAGAUCCACAACUAAGCGAUGAUCAGCAGGCGCUGAAGAAGAUGACGGCUCAGGCCUACAUUCCCAAAGGGAACAACUACCUGCACAUCGGCAUUGAUGCUGCAGAGCUUCAGAUCGGUGAUCAAAUGAAAGUCAAUCUGAAUCUAGGAAACAGCGCGGUGACAAACCAGGACUUUACCUAUAUGAUCUUGAGCAAAGGUCAGAUUGUUCACGCAGACAGGUUUAAGAUGAAAGGACAAUCUCUAGUGUCUCUGUCUCUGCCUGUAAACAAAAACAUGGUGCCGUCUUUCCGCUUUGUGGCUUAUUACCACGUGGGCUCAUCUGAAGUGGUGUCUGAUUCAGUCUGGGUCGACAUGAAGGACACGUGCAUGGGAAUGCUCAAAGUUGAGGUGAAGGACCCGACACAAUAUGCCCCAGGAGAUCAGAUCAGCUUGAAAAUCACUGGAGACCCUGGAGCUAAAGUCGGGCUGGUCGCUGUAGAUAAGGGUGUCUAUGUCCUUAAUGACAAGAACAGACUCACUCAGACAAAGAUCUGGGAUGUCAUCGAGAAGCAUGACACCGGCUGUACGGCAGGAAGUGGAAAGGACAGUAUGGGGGUUUUCACUGAUGCAGGUCUGGUGUUCGAGUCCAACAGCGCAGGAGGAACCAGCACCAGAACAAAUAUUGAGUGCCCUGUCCUAUCUAAGAGAAAACGCAGAGCGCAGAGUCUUUUGCAGGUCACCACUACGCUGGCUGGUCAGUACUCUGGCGAACUGAAGAUGUGCUGUGUGGACGGACUGAGAGAGAAUGACCUCGGCUACUCCUGUGAACGGCGGGCUCAAUACAUCACAGAUUUAGAUUCAGACGCAUGUAUUAAAGCCUUCCUGCACUGCUGCGAGGAGAUGACACGCCAUAAGAAGACAUUCGCGGAGGAAGAGUAUUUUCUGGCCCGCAGUGAGGAAGAUGAUUUUGAUGAGGAUCUCGGUGAAGUGUUGGUGCGCACUCAGUUUCCUGAAAGCUGGCUUUGGGAGGAGAUUGAUCUUCCUGCUUGCCCACCAAACCAGUUGUGCACUGAAACAUCUACCUUAAGAACUGGAAUAUACCUGAAAGACUCAAUCACAACCUGGCAGAUCACUGCCAUCAGCCUGUCCAAGACCCUUGGAAUGUGUGUGGCUGAUCCCUAUGAGAUAACUGUGAAGAAAGAUUUUUUUAUCGAUCUGAAGAUGCCUUAUUCGGCGGUGCGCAAUGAACAGCUCGAAAUAAAGGCUGUUGUUCACAAUUACAUCAAUCAGAGGAUAAAAACGGUGAAUAUUAGAUUUAAGACGUCGGAAGGUAUUUGCAGCAGUGCCAGCAAAAAACAGAAAGGCAGGAUAACCGUUUCAGUUGGUGCCAUGUCCUCCAUAGCCGUCCCUAUCAUCAUCAUCCCCAUGGAGCUGAAAGAGCAGUGGAUCGAAGUGGAAGCAUACAGCCCGAAUCGCAAUGAUGCAAUCAAAAGGAAUCUGAAGGUGGUGCCUGAAGGUGUGCUAACUGAAGUCCAGCAGAAGGUUGUGGAGAUCAACCCAUCCGAGCAUCCAGGCGGCUCGCAGGUCGUGUUUAUGAGGAGCGACAUCCCACGCCGAAAGGUUCCAAACACACCUGCUAACACGGUGAUCACAGUGAUAGGUGAGGAGAUAACACGCACAGUCGAGCAGGCCAUCAAUGGACAUUUUAUGGGUCAGCUCAUUGUCCAGCCCUCUGGAUGUGGAGAGCAGAACAUGAUCUAUAUGACUCUACCUCUCAUUGCCACUCAUUAUCUGGACGGCACCAAUCAGUGGGAGGCUGUUGGCAUGAACCGUCGUAAUGAAGCCAUUAACCACAUCAGAACAGGUUAUCAGCAGGAAUUGGCCUUCCGUAAAGCUGAUGGGUCAUACGGUGCCUGGAUAAGCACGCCGAGUAGCACAUGGCUGACAGCAUACGUGGCUAAAGUGUUCGCGAUGGCCAGCGAUCUGAUUGUCAUAGAGGAGAAUGUGAUCUGCAGCGCCCUCAACUGGCUGGCCACAAACAAACAGCUGGCAGACGGCACGUUUAGAGAAGACGCACCUGUUUAUCACAGUGAGAUGGUUGGCGACGUACGCGGGAAGGAUGCUGACGCCUCUCUGACUGCAUUCAUCCUUAUUGCCAUGCAAGAGGGGAGCAAGAUCUGUGCUGGAAAUAAUCUUAAGAACAGUAUGAAAAAAGCCACUGAUUACCUGGAACUGAGAGUUCACAGUCUGAGAAGCUCAUAUGCUGUUGCUAUGACUUCUUACGCUUUGGCCCAUGCUGGAAAACUCAAUAAAGACAUCUUGAUCAGUCAUUCCACCGAAAGCAAAGAUGGAUUAUUUUGGCAAGUUCCUGGGCAGCACCAUCACUCUCUAGAGGCCACAGGUUAUGCAGUGCUUGCCCUAGUAAGGCAAAAGGAUUUCGAGAGAGCUGGACGGGCAGUGCGUUGGCUGGGACAGCAACAAACCCGCUAUGGGGGUUACGGCACAACACAGGCAACAAUCAUGGUCUUCCAAGCUGUGGCUGAGUACCGCAUUCAGGUUAAGAAGACAGACAUCAAUUUGAACCUGGAGCUGGCUGUGCAGGAGAGAAAAGAGAAAACCAGAAUCGCUUUCAGAUCAUCCAACAAUCUAAUUGCACGCUCAGACAAGUUUGACAUUACAAAGAGUUUCAAUAUCACAGCUCAAGGGACUGGGGUGGCCAUGCUCUCGGUCUUUUCUGUGUAUUAUGCUCUGCCUGAAGAGAAAGACUACGUCUGUAAUAUGUUUGAUCUCAGUGUGCAGAUGGUGAAACAGUCUGAAGUAUCCUAUGAUGGAGCCUCUGAAAGCUAUCAGAUCAUUAUUGAAUACAUUUUCAAAGACCCGUUAAGAGUCUCAACCAUGUCUAUUUUGGAUAUUGGCCUGCUGACGGGGUUUAAAGUGGAUGAACAUGAUCUUGCAAAGUUAUCCAGUGGUAAGGAUAAGUACAUUCAGAGCUUUGAGAUGAACAAGGAACUGUCAGAGCGAGGAUCUCUUAUCAUCUAUAUAGAUAAGAUUUCUAAUAAAGAGAAGGAAAGACUUGUCUUCAGAAUGCACAAGAUCAAUGAAGUGGGAAUGCUGCAGCCCGCUGGAAUCACCGUGUACGAGUACAACGCUCCAGAUAAGCGCUGCGCAAAGUUCUACCAUCCUUAUAAGAAAGAUGGAUCGCUGAACAGACUCUGCCAUCAGGAGCUGUGCCAGUGUGCUGAAGAGAACUGCAGUUUGCAAAAGAAUGAACACAUCGUUGAGGAAAAACGUGAAGACAAGGCCUGUGAACGUGAAGUGGAAUACGUUUACAAAAUCAGGGUGUCGGAAAUGGGUUUCUCGUUGCAUGCGGACAUCUAUAACAUGACAAUUGAGCAAGUGCUCAAGGAAGGCUCUGAUCCAGACGUGGAAGGAAAUAUGAGGUCGUUCUUGGCUCAUCCUUUCUGUAGAGAUUUUCUGAAAUUCGAAAAAGGCAAGACGUACCUGAUCAUGGGCCAAACCACAACCCUUCCGAGGAUUGGCGGAAAGUUAAGGUACCACUUGGGUGAGGACACCUGGAUUGAAUACUGGCCAACAGACAAGGAGGGCCAGACAAAAGAAUAUCGAUCAAAGCUUAUUGGCAUCACCGCGCUUGCCGACAGGCUCUCCCGAUUUGGAUGCGCCACUUAAAAGAUUUCCAUGAGCUUAAAAUUGAUUUACCGAGCUGUAACAGCCUUAUAGCCACAACUUUGCUUUUAAUUCAAGUAUAUUGUCAGAUUUAUAAAUAAUUGUAGACUUAUUUUAAAGUUCAUGCAGUAUGCUCAGUUCGCUUAAAUGAGUCAAAUGAAACAUAACCAUUUGAAGCCAUUUAUCAAAUAAAAUUUGCAAAC